AUGUCGAGAGCCGCGCAGCAAGCUAUGGCCGCGAGCUAUAAAGCUCUGAAGGAGGAUUUUGUAUCAAAUCUGACCGGUGGAGAGAUCAGUGAGAUCAACUAUGUGACGGCAGUUGCCCCUGUUCGUGUCUCUGCUGCUACUCUCUCUUAUUUACUUUGGUCUCCAUUCGAUGCAGCAGUUGUCCUCUGGUCCGUCCUGCAAGCCCGCCAAUCCUUCUUCAAGCCCUACACCCCGAUUGCCGGCAUCAUCGACUUCCUCCUCAACGUGUGCGCCAUACUUUCCGCACUUACCGUCUACUCCUCCAUGCCCCUCGUCCUCAUCGGCCUCCUACUCGUCCCCGCGCCCGCUCUAUAUUUCGCAUUCCAGCCCUCGCCUAAAGGUAAACAUCUCAAGAAGCCCAAGAACCCCCCCCAAUCACAACCAAAACCCUCCACCUACAAUGGACAACUCCAAGCCAAUGACCGAGGACCUUCUCUCAACCCGCUCCCGAAGAAGCCCUUCCUGACCACCUACCGUGGCUCCAUGAUUGUCGUGACCUGCCUCGCCAUACUCGCCGUCGACUUCCGCAUCUUCCCCCGGCGGUUCGCCAAGGUCGAGAACUGGGGCACGUCCCUCAUGGACGUGGGCGUCGGCUCCUUUGUCUAUUCCGCCGGCAUCGUCGCUGCGCGCCCGAUUCUCAAGGCCCGCUUCGCAGGCGCCAGGACCGCACCGCUCACCACGCGCCUGUACAAAUCGCUGCGCCACUCGCUGCCGCUGCUCGUCUUGGGCUUCGUCAGGCUGUAUACGGUCAAAGGGCUGGACUACGCGGAACAUGUCACUGAGUACGGGGUCCACUGGAAUUUCUUCUUUACGCUGGGGUUCCUACCGCCGUUCGUGGCGCUGUUCCAGACGGCGUUUGAGUUCGUGCCGUCGUAUGCGGGAUUGGCGAUCUUGCUGGGCGCGGCCUAUCAAGCUGCGCUGGAAUUCACGAGUUUGAAGGCGUUUGUGUUGACUGGGCCGAGGACGAACCUGUUCGAGAAGAAUCGCGAGGGCAUCUUCAGUUUCUUUGGGUACUUGGCCAUCUUUCUCGCUGGGCAGGAACUCGGGCUUCUGGUGCUUCCCCGCGUGUCGGGCGAUAGUAGCAGUAGCAGUAGCCGUGGUAGUGGUAGUAUGAGCGGGAGAGAGAUCCGCAAGGCGCUGGUGGUGAAGAUGGCGGCGUGGAGUCUGGGCUGGAUUGUCUUGUUCAACCUCACCUCGUCUUACUCGUAUGGCCUCUCCCUCAGUGUGUCCCGGCGGCUCGCGAACCUGCCGUACGUCCUCUGGAUCGCGGCAUUCAAUAGCACGCAACUCACCGUCUUCUGCGUCAUCGAGAGCGUGUUCUUCCCGCAAGCGCACGAGAUUGGCAAGGGCAGGGAAAGGCAAGCGGAGGAGGACACGUACCGCGCGAGCACGAGUCGGGUGCUCGAAGCAUUUAAUCGGAACGGUCUCGCUAUCUUCCUGCUCGCGAAUCUCGGGACGGGGCUGGUGAACCUGACGGUCCCGACGCUGGACGUGGAUCGGCUGCAGGCGAUGGGGAUUCUGGUUGUGUACGCGGCUGCGCUGACGGGCGUCGCGGUCGGCUUGGACGCGUGUGAUGUUUCGGUGAAGUUGUAG